UGCAGCGUCAAAACAAAGUACACGUGUUUUUUUAGCCGCGUUAUAGCAUCGUUCUUCGCCAAUGCGUAGUGCGAACUGAUCUGUAGACACUGAAUACAACAAAUUGCACUAAACAAUGAAUUCGUUUGCGAAGGAAAAACGCGAGCGGCUUCAAGUCGCAGAUGUAAGCCGCAAAGGGACGAUAGAUUCCAGGAUAAUCGAUGUUACUGACCGACUGAACUCGUUUCCGCAGUACUGCACUACAAGCUCGUGCUCUGGGAGAAUUAUAAUCUUUUCAGGCGCUGAAUCUGACGUUGGGAAGCCAGCAGCCAAAAAAGGAUGUCAGUGGCACUUCGUGACGCACGAUCUCCUCACAGAGGAUGCACUGGACGAAACAUUGGCGAAGAUCGACAAAUCAGCGACUCUCAAGUUCGAACCGUUUAUCCUCCAUGUACGGUGUCAUACAUUGGAUGCAGCCCAGAAACUUCUGGCUGUAAGCAUAGGGGCCGGAUGUCGCAAUUCUGGCAUCAUGUUAAGCAAAUCUGGCAAGGUUCAUGUGGCAGUUCGGACCACACUUUCGUUGGAGGUUCCGCUUUCCGAUAAUGGAAACAUCCUUGUCACAUCCAUGUACUUAAACUUCCUGAGGAAGCAGGCAAACGAAAAAAUGACAGAAAACUGGAGACGGCUGCAAAGGUUUUCAGAUGCACUUAACAUGCUCCACAGUGAGAAUGAAGAUAAGCCCGCAACACUUGGGCUUCACAGAGAUUUGUUGGUUUCAAGGACCAAGACAAAGAAGAUGUCUGUCGCAUUUGAUUACGAUGAAAGUAUUCUGGUCUUUUCGACUUCGCAUCGUGACUACAUUAAGGAACCGUGUAUGCACUGGGGGGAGUGUGCCAGUUCCUGUACAAUGUCACACUUUAGGGAAACUAUAAAUGCUUGUGCACAACUCUGGUGCUCGACUGUCGUGUGUGAGGUGGCCUGUGAAAGUGCAAACAGCACAGGUUGUGUCUGUGAGUUUUAG